GGAAAAUGUAUGAUCAGGGAACUGAGCAGCAGCCACAGGUGGAAGUUGUGAUGAAGGUAGAACGUGAACAACCUUCAGCCUCCACUACUCCACCUCUGACUGCUACUCAGCGGAUGAAGAAAGAGUUGGAAGAACAGCUGCGGCAGCAGCAGGCCAGGCUUGCAGCAUUGGAACAGCAGGAGGCAGCUGAGCUAGAAGCUGCAACAGAUCAUUCCAGAAGAGAAUAUCUGUUGCAGCAGCUAGACAAAGCGCUCACAGAUGAUCGUUGUGCCCCGAUCACCAARCAUAUGGCAGAGAUGAUCCUGCUAGAACACAAGAUCACCAGUUCAGAAUUCACGAACUGGGAUGAUCGCUUUGUGCGACUGGAGYGUCGGGUUGAUGAAYUGUCAGCUCAGCAGUCCAAGAUCCUGGAUUCUAUUCAGAGCUUGACUGCUCAGCUGGCAGCCGCCAAGCUGAUUGCCCCUCAACUCCCUCUGCUGAAACCCAAAUCCUCUCCUCCUUCUUGUCCCCCUUCUACUCCCCCUGGUUCAAUACAUUCAUCCCGGUCACCAUCCCUUUCCCAAAAGGCCUCAGCAAAGGCCACCUAUGCUGCUGUUACUGCAGGAGACUACAGAGGUCCCAAGAUCCCUGCUCCCAACAAGUUCAGGGGCGAUGACCCCAAGACCGAUGUUGGGGACUGGGCUGCUGGGACCAGGGCCUACUUUAGGGGCUUUGUCUAUGCAGAACAGACCAAGGUGGCGACUGUUCUAGGGCUGCUGGAAGGGCCUGCACUGAAGUGGGCGACUUCCACUUCCAGCAGUUUGCAGCAGUCCAUGGAGGACUGGACUUUUGGGCUUGGGGUGGACAAAUUUCUGCAGGCCCUGGAGGACCGAUUUGCAGACAAGGAGAGAGCCAGCAAGGCUGCUGACAGGAUUGCUCGCCCGGGACAGCAGCGGUACAGUGGGACUCUGCAGGCCUUGUUUGCUGAGUUUGAGCAACUCACCUCCACCUCUGGGUUGGUCAUGAGCACUGAUGAUCUGCUGACCAACUUUUGCAGGGCAGCACCUGAGAAAUAUUGCACCUUCCAGACAGAGAUGCACCGCAUCUUCAAGCCUUACCUGGACAAGUUUAUGGUUGUCUACCUGGAUGAUAUCCUGGUAUUCAGCAAAACUGCCAGGGAACAUGCGGAGCACUUGACUCUUGUCCUUCAGUCGUUAAUUGACAGCCAGUACAAGAUCAACAGAGAGAAGUCCUCGUUUGGAGUUCCCUCUGUUAUCUAUAUGGGUCAUGUAAUCUCUGGAGAUGGUCUGGCUCCUGAAGCAGCCAAGAUAGCUGCUAUUCAGGAGUGGCCCUAGCA